AUGUCGAGAUUGAAGGUGGAGCCGAAAACGUCACCCUUCCUGUACGAGUCGAACUGCCGGAGAGAAGCGCGCAUAGAAAAGCACCAACUAUGUCAUUUGUACGAAGAAGUGAACUUCGAUCUGAAGGAUUCCAUCGAGGUGUCUCGUCCCACCCAUUGGCCACCAAUAGAGCAAUUAAGCCACUGGAUCUUUGAGGUUACUUCUGAUGCCAACCCCAAUGAAAUAUAUUGCUUGGAUUUUAGUGGAUCUCAGUUCGGCAACUUCAAGCCCUGCACCGACGUCACGAUAUACGAGCAGAUAUAUGUUGACAAGCAUAUAGCUGUCGCUCCCUUGAGCACCACGAGGGCCGUUUGUGACAACAUAGUUGCCACAGGGAACUGGUACGGUAAGGUACAAGGACUUAGACCAGAGACCAUUGCGACGGCACAUGGGUUAAUGAAUACCUGGGAGCAGAGCUCGGGUAGGACCCAUCGAGCACUAUUCCGUAUCAAAAACACCGCCGUCUAUGAUAGACACGUCGAUGCAAUGUUUCAACAAAUCAAUAGCUCUGUGGAUAUCCUCACCAAACAAGUUGAUUGGACAGAAGAAUGCAACAGUCUCGACACGGAUGAGGCUAAGAAAAGUGCAUCGCUUGCGAACGAUACAGUGCGAACUCACUUCAGCGAUACGGUACUUAAACCGUUCUCCUGCUGA